AAGGAAUAAACUGGACACGCCUCAUUAUUCAGCUCAACUGAAGCAGCUUCGUCAGAGACGUUAGAGACGUCUUCCUCAAACGAAGCUCACCAGCCACUACUUUACCUUUUAUGGUGCUGUUUAUCCGACACAUCGAUUUGCCCCAUUUCUCUUCUUCUUACACUCACUGUUUCACUUCCUUUAUGGUCACGAUGACAGUUCACUCCCCCAAUGACAUUUGUCUCUGCUCCACUCCAUAAAUACCCAGAGAUGGUUUCCUCCGUCAGUCGCUGUCUGCAGGUGUCUGUGCAGGACGAUGAGGAUGAAGAUGAUGAUGGCAGUGACGGUGCUGUGGGUGGUGCUCCUCCCGUACGGCGUCUCUGGAGGAAAAUUGAUGUCGCAUGCUGGACGUAAGCCGGUCGCUCCCCCUCCACCUCCACCUCCCCCUCACCUCCACCUUCCACUGGACAUGGCCCCGAACUCUGUGGACGACAUGUACAAAGGCUGCGCCGAUGAAAUGGAGAAGAAGGCCGUAGACUUCCUAAAGAAAGAACGGAAAGACAACAAGGUGUUUAAUGAGAUCUGGGAGAAACUGAAGGCAAAUCAAUCAACCAAUGUCUUAACCAAAGAAGAGAUUACGGCUCUUAGUGUUUACACCUCAGAUACAACGUAUCCUGGUUUUAAUAAGGCCACCAGAGAGCAGGGACCCAAGUACAAGACCGCAUUCAAGUACCACGCGCUGCACUUUUAUCUGACCAGAGCCGUGCAAAACCUUAAUGCUCUACAGAAGGAGUGUUACAACGUCUACCGCAGGACGGACGUGUUCUUCCGCCAAGACGUCCUCAACAAGAAGGUUCGCUUCAGCUCCUUUGCCUCCUCCUCGCUGAGAAACGACCUCACAGAUUUUGGAGACAAGUCGUGCUUUGAAAUUGAAACGUGCAUGGGAGCGGACAUCUCAUGGUUCUCCACCUUUAACCAGAGAGAGGUGCUGAUUCCUCCUUACGAGGUCUUUAAGGUAACAAAGAUAACAAAGAGAUCAGAGCAGCCCGAUCUCUGGUGUAAUGUGGUCUACAAGCUGAAGAGCACAAAAACAACUAAAUCCAAUUUGGAUUGUGCUCUUAUUUAAAAGAAGCGCUGCAAGUUUCCUGCGGUUGACAAAUCAUGCAACGUCUGAAAUUUAGGAUGCAAUGAUUCUCUGCAGAUGAUCUUUAACCAGAAAUGAUUGUUAUUUAAAAUGCAUUUGUUACAUUUGAAUAAAUCCACAUAUUGUGUAAAGAGUGUUUAUGGAAGAAAAAAUGAAUCCAUCAAAUUUUAAUGAAGGAUCUAAAUUAAUAUAAAGAUGUUUUAACUUGUAUGUAUCUUCUAAUACUUCUCACAUCAUCAGUGUUUAAAUUGGAUGCAUAAUCUGUCCUAAAGAGUCGCUGGCUAGAAAACUGUCAGAAGGAAUAAAUAAACAUCCUGGUGCUUCUGCA